UUUGUUCUUAUUUCAAAAAAUUCCCAUCAAUUAUGUGUGAUGUAACAUGAUGUAUGAAUAAAAUCACUAUCAUCAACUUUAUCGUUAUCGUCAAUUACAAAUGAUAAUGAUGAGAAUUUAAAAUUCUAAACAACAACAACAACUAAAACUUUACAAAUUUCGAGAAAUGGAUUCUGGCUUGAACACACAAUUCAAGAUGAACGAUUAUUGAUGAAAAAUAAUAAUUAUUAAAAAUGAAACUGAAAUAGCAAAAAAAACAUACAGAUUCAAGCGCACAUCUUUUUUUUUGUUUGUCCAUUUUUUUUAAAUUUAUAUAUUCAUCAAAGUGUAAAUAUCAUCGUCUUUCAACAUCAAAGUCAUGAUUCGCAAGAAUCGUAUCCUACAGAUAUUAUUAUGUCUGUUCCUGUUUACCUUUAUAUUUCCCUUUCUUUUAAGUCUUUUGGGAAAUUUUCACAAUACUUCAAAUACGUCAACGUAUAUUUUAAAUCAAGAAAAAUUACAAUUGAAUAAAUAUUAUGGACAACAAGAUUCAUCUAAUGAACGUGAUUCAAUUAUAACACAUGCAAUUAAUAAUUUAAAUCUAACAUAUGCAAAAAUGAUAGCUGGCGAUUCAUUAGAUCGACAAUUAGCAUAUCGUUUUGCUGAUCUAAAUAAUCGAGUAAAAUAUGCUGAAAUGAUUGCCGGUGAAAGAAAGCAGGAAAUUUUUCAAUUAUUACAAGAAAUUCGUGAUCUAUGGACUGUCAUACAGAAUAAUACUAAUCAUAAUUCAUCUAAAGAAGCCGAAGCUAAUUAUACUUCAUUUGCUAUGAGAAAAUCGAUGGCCGAAUUACUUUUCACUGAGCAAAACUCUUCAUUAUCAAUGCAAGAAGAAAUAGUUCAAAUCCCAACUCUUUUUAGUCUUAUGCCUCAUCUCUCAUCAAUAACAUCAUUAAAUCCGGCAUUUCGUGUCGCUACCAAACAAAAACAAUCGUCUCGUAUUCGUUUUGUAUUUGGAUUACCAACGGUCAAACGUUUGGUUGAAUCUUAUCUGAUUGCAACGUUAAGAAAUUUGAUCAAAAAUUUAUCAUCAAUAGAACAAAAACAAUCAUUGUUUGUUGUAUUCAUUGCUGAAAACGAUCCAGAAUUUUUUCAGAAAACUGCUAGUGAUAUUAUUCGUAAUUUUGAGAAACAAAUCGAUUCGGGUUUAAUCGAGAUAAUUUCCCCUCCUAGCGAUUAUUAUCCAGAUUUUUCCAACCUCAAAAAAACACUUGGUGACCCAAUUGAACGAGUCCAUUGGCGAACCAAACAAAAUCUUGAUUUCGCCUACUUGAUGAUGUAUUGUCGAUCAAAAGGAACCUAUUAUGUUCAGCUUGAAGAUGAUAUUAUUUCAAAACCAUCAUAUUUGGCUAAGAUGGAAAAAUUUAUAGCAAAUAAUGCCCUUAAAAAACGAAAUUGGCUUUUAUUAGAUUUUUGUUCACUUGGUUUUAUUGGCAAACUGUUUCGUACAAUCGAUUUGUCACAUUUCGUUCUAUUUUUCACCAUGUUUCACAAUGAUAAACCGGUAGAUUGGCUUUUGGACAAUUAUGCUCAGACAAAGGUUUGUCGUUUCGACAAAGACAUGAAAGAUUGUAAACGUCGAAAGGAAUCCAUAUGGAUCACGCAUAAACCGUCAUUGUUUCAACAUAUUGGUACUCAUUCAAGUUUAAAAGGAAAGAUCCAGAGAUUACGCGAUAAAGGAUUUGGAAAAGUUAAAUUAUUCGAGCCACAUCUGGAUAAUCCACCUGUUUCCGAAUACUAUUGUACAAUCAAACCAUAUCAGCAAUAUAAACUCGCAAGUGCCUAUGAAGGAAAAACAUUCUUCUGGGGUGUAUCACCGAAAAAAGGUGAUGUAUUUGGAUUCAAAUAUCAGCCACCAAUCGAAUUAGAAAGCUGUCUAAUAAAUUCCGGAAAUAUUGAACAUCCAUUAGACAUUUUAUACAAUGCUACAUUACAAAUCAAACCACAUGUUCAUAAUAAUACAUUCAAGAACAUAGAUAAAGAUGGUUUCAUUAAUCUGGCAUCAUUCGAUCCUGCCAAAGGUUCAAUCGAUAUUCAAAUACCGAAGAAAUUGAAUCCAAUUGUUGAGCUACGUGUUCGUAUUGAUGAAGAUUCGAUUAAUUGGGUGAUUGUAAAUGAGAUUAGAUUGAUAUGAAAGAAAUGCCUCAUAAGACGUAAAAAAAUGAUUUGUUUUCGACAUCGAUUUCUAGUCUCUGCCUAUUUAUAUUAACUAAUUGUGUCAAAUGAAUUUUCAUUAUUGUCCACUAUUUUGUCACAAAAUA